CAGCAAAAAAAGAUUGCUGGUUGUUGGUCUUUUGGUUUUUUUUAUGAUUAACGUGACUUGGACAUCCUUGAAGAACAAAGUAGAAGUUGUAUGCAAUUCUCAUAAGCUAAGGGAAUGGCAGAUUUGACACCAACACAUAUCAGCUGGCAGCCAUCAGUAAAUGCAAGCGCACACCAUACUGACAGAUAUGCCAACACUGAGUUGACUGUGAGGCGAGGACAAGCCUUCACUAUUACUCUGUACUUCAACAGACCAAAGCAGAACGGAGAGAGCCUAGCAUUUGUCACUGAAAUAGGACCAUCCCCCUCAGAAUCUCAUCGUACAAAGGCUGUAUUUAACCUCUCUGAGGUGGGGGUGAGUGGCUGGAGUGCUGUCCAAGGACCCAGUGAGGCUGGUUAUAUGAACUUUACAAUAUCCAGCCCAGCCAAUGCUGUCAUUGGACGAUACAAUCUCAUCCUCCACGUAACCUCAGGGAACAAGAUCUUCUCCAGAUUUCUGGGGCAGUUUGUGUUACUCUUCAACCCUUGGUGCCCAGGUGAUGAUGUCUACAUGGAUAAUGAAAACGAGAGACAAGAAUAUGUCCUAAAUGAAAAUGGAAUAAUCUUCGUGGGUAAUGCAAAGUACAUUGAAGCAAGAGGAUGGUACUAUGGGCAGUUUCAAGAUCAUCUUCUGAACAUCUGUCUCACCAUGCUUGAUCUGAGCCUGUACUAUCGUCAGGACCCAGCCAUUGAUGUAUCCCGAAGAGGAGAUCCUAAAUAUGUAGGCCGAGUAAUCAGUUCUAUGAUCAAUGGAAACGAUAAUGAUAAUGGAGUUCUCCUGGGAAAGUGGCAAGGAAGUUUCCACUCAGAUGAGAAUCCAUCCAGAUGGGAUGGUAGUGUGGUAAUCCUCCAGAAAUGGCGUCAGGACAACUACAAGCCUGUUCAGUAUGGCCAGUGCUGGGUUUUUGCAGGUGUCAUGUGUACAGUUCUAAGGUGCUUGGGGAUUCCUACUCGUUUGGUUUCAAAUUUUAACUCUGCCCAUGAUGUGGACAGAAACCUGAGCAUUGAUAAGUACUAUGACAGCUCUGGAAAGAGUCUUAAUAUCGGCAAGGAUUCCACAUGGGAUUAUCAUGUCUGGAACGAAAGCUGGUUCAUUCGCCCAGACCUGGGAACAUCAUACAAUGGGUGGCAGGUUUUGGAUGCGACUCCACAAGAACAAAGUAAAGGAUUAUUUCAGUGUGGUCCUGCAUCUGUGAGAGCCAUCAAAGAAGGUGAUGUAGACUUGGAUUAUGACACAUUAUUUGUGUAUACGGAGGUGAAUGCUGAUUGCAACAGAUGGAUUGUAUACAAAGAUGGAACUAAGAAAAGAGUUUAUUGUGAUACUGAAAUAAUUGGCAGGUUUAUCAGCACCAAAGCUGUGGGCAGCAACUCCCGUGUGGAUGUCACCUAUAGUUACAAAUAUCCAGAAGGUUCUCCUGAGGAAAGACGAAUUUAUAAAAAGGCCUUGGCCAAGAUAUUUGGGCCAAACAUCACAGAAAGACACAGAGAAUCUCCAGAUGAAAGGCCCUCAGAGAAUAUUAGAAACCCUGGGAUCUCUGGGAAAUUCAAGCUGGCUGAACCUCCAGUAUUUGGCAAAGACAUUACCCUGAUCUUAAUUCUCAGUAACCUAUCUUUUGACCACAAGACCGUGAAGGUGGACAUGAAUGCGUCAGCCAUCCUGUACACAAGGAGAGCAGUGGCAGAGAUCCUGAAGGCAACCACUUCUGUGGAUCUUGGUUCUAAACAAGGGAAACAUAUCCGAUUAAAGAUCCCUUAUUCUUAUUAUGGAAAAUAUCUGACUACCGACAAAAGGAUCCAAGUUACUGCUUUAUGUGAAGUUAUCCACAUGCAUGGGGUAAAGCUGCUGGUGGAGAAGACAAUCAUUUUAGAGGACACAAACAUUAUCAUUAAGAUUCCUCGGCGGGUUGUAGUGAACAAAGCUGUUUCUCUAGAGAUCUCAUACGCCAAUCCCCUUCCUGAACCUGUGAACCGCUGUGUACUGCUAGUGACUUUGAUGAAUCAACAGGUCAAGAUACAUCUGGCACCACUGGCACCAAGAGAGAGAUCAAAAAUUUAUUUUGAAUUCACACCUCGCAGGACUGGGCCCUUACAGCUGCAAGUAGACUUCUCCUGUGACAAAUUUUCACAUGUGAAGGGAUUUGUAACCAUUGCGGUAGCACCUGCAUAAUGCAUUGGAAUCAAUCUCCUGUUUCAGCAUUAACCUGGCAAGACAUCUUCCUCUAUACAGGGACAGUAAUAACAGCAAGGAACUUACCACAAAAGUUGGUGACCUCUUACACUGCAAUAGAAUCAAGUCUCCUGCUUUCACAGUGCUUAAUUCUGUAGUCUCUAAUUGUUUGGGGUUUGUUGGCUUUUUUUUGUCUUCUUGUCUAGAAAAUUGAAGUCCCUUUCUAUAGAAAUAGUUUCACUGUUUUAUCAAAUGUCAUUGUGUUAAGCUCCUUGUUUUGACUUUUCCAUCAGAUUAUUAAUACAGUCUCUUUUCAAGCACAUUCUAAUUCUCAGCAAU